AUGUCUGCUCCCCAAAGCGAGUCCUUUGGCUUCCAGGCAGAGAUCAGCCAGCUGCUCGAUCUCAUCAUCAAUACCUUCUACAGUAACAAGGAGAUCUUCCUUCGUGAAAUCAUCUCCAACAGCUCUGAUGCGCUCGACAAGAUCCGCUAUGCGUCUUUGACUGACCCAGAAGUCCUUGAAACCGAGAAAGAGCUCUACAUCCGUAUCACUCCUAACAAGGAGGAGAAGACCCUCACCAUCCGUGAUACCGGUAUUGGUAUGACCAAGGCCGACUUGGCAUUCAUGGAGGCUAUGCAAGCUGGCGCCGACAUCUCCAUGAUUGGACAGUUUGGUGUCGGUUUCUACUCUUCGUACCUUGUGGCGGAGAGGGUUCAGGUUAUCACCAAGCACAACGAUGACGAACAAUACAUUUGGGAGUCGUCUGCUGGUGGAACCUUCACCAUUACCCCCGAUACAGUCAACGAGCCACUUGGUCGUGGUACCGCCCUCAAGUUGUUCUUGAAGGAGGACCAACUUGACUAUCUCGAGGAGAAGAGGAUCAAGGAUAUUGUCAAGAAGCACUCUGAAUUCAUCUCCUACCCUAUCCAGCUCGUUGUGACCAAGGAAGUUGAGAAGGAAGUUGACGAUGACGAAGAGAUGAAGGAGGAAGAGGGUGAGGAAAAGCCCAAGAUUGAGGAAGUUGAAGACGAGGAGACCAAGAAGGAGAAGAAGAAGAAGAAGGUCAAGCAGACCGAGACCGAGAACCAGGAGCUCAACAAGAUGAAGCCCCUCUGGACCCGCAACCCCCAGGACAUUACCUCUGAGGAAUACGCUUCCUUCUACAAGAGCCUGAGCAACGACUGGGAGGAGCAUCUCGCUGUCAAACACUUCUCUGUUGAGGGCCAGCUCGAGUUCAAGGCGAUCUUGUUCAUUCCUAAGCGUGCACCCUUCGACCUGUUCGAGACCAAGAAGAAGCGCAACAACAUCAAGCUCUAUGUUCGCCGUGUCUUCAUCAUGGACGAUUGCGAGGAUCUCAUUCCCGAGUACCUCAACUUCAUCAAGGGUAUCGUCGACUCUGAGGAUCUUCCUCUCAACAUUUCCCGUGAGACCCUCCAACAAAACAAGAUCCUCAAGGUCAUCCGCAAGAACGUCGUCAAGAAAUGCUUGGAUAUGAUUACCGAGAUCGCCGAGGAUAAAGAUAACUUCAAGAAGUUCCACGAGGCCUUUGGCAAGAACAUCAAGCUCGGCAUCCACGAAGAUUCCAACAACCGCUCCAAGCUCGCCGAGUUCCUCCGCUUCUACUCGACCAAGUCCCUUGAGGAGCAGAUUUCGCUCAAGGACUACAUUACUCGCAUGCCCGAGAUCCAGAAGUCUAUCUACUAUCUCACCGGCGAAUCGCUCUCGUCUGUCCGAGACUCUCCUUUCCUUGAAGUGCUCAAGAAGAAGGGCUUUGAGGUUCUCCUGCUCGUUGACCCCAUUGAUGAGUACGCUGUUACCCAACUCAAGGAGUUCGACGGCAAGAAGCUCGUCUGUGUCUCCAAGGAGGGACUCGAGCUUGAGGAGACCGAGGAGGAGAAGAACGAGCGCGAGAAGCUUGCCUCAAGCUUGGACGGCCUCUGCAAGGCCAUCAAGGAUUCUCUCGGAGAUAAGGUUGAGAAGGUUGUUGUCUCCAACCGUAUCACCGACUCCCCUUGCGUCUUGGUCACUGGUCAGUUCGGCUGGAGCAGUAACAUGGAACGUAUCAUGAAGGCCCAAGCUCUUCGUGACUCGUCUAUGUCGUCCUACAUGGCCUCGAAGAAGACCCUUGAACUCAACCCGACCAACGGCAUUAUCAAGGAGCUCGCUAAGAAGGUUGCUGAAGACAAGGCCGACAAGUCCGUCCGCGACUUGACCUUCCUCCUUUACGAGACCGCUCUGCUCACCUCCGGAUUUGUUCUUGAGGAACCCACGAGCUUCGCUAAGCGCAUCCACCGUAUGAUUUCCCUCGGUCUUGACGUGGAUGAGGACGAGGCUGCCCCCGCCGCUGCUUCUGGCAUCGAGGAAGCUCCGGCUGCAGAAGGCGCGAGCGCGAGUGCGAUGGAGGAGAUCGACUAA